AUGUUAUUAAAAGAUUUAUUAAUAAUUAUUCUAGGGGUAGUUAUUUUAAUUAUUGGAGUUUUAGUAGGAGUGGCUUUUUUAACUUUAUUAGAGCGAAAAUUAUUAGGAUAUAUUCAAAUUCGAAAAGGUCCUAAUAAAGUUGGGUUAAUAGGAAUUUUACAACCUUUUUCAGAUGCUAUUAAGUUAUUUACUAAGGAACAAAUUUAUCCUAAUUAUUCUAAUUAUUUAUCUUAUUAUUUUUCUCCAGUUAUUAGAUUUUUAUUAUCAUUAAUAAUUUGAUUAGUAAUUCCUUAUUAUUUUAAUUUAAUUAGAUUUAAUAUAGGAAUUUUAUUUUUUUUGUGUUGUACUAGAUUAGGAGUAUAUACAGUUAUAAUUGCAGGUUGAUCAUCUAAUUCAAGAUAUUCUUUAUUAGGGGGUUUACGAGCUGUAGCACARACUAUUUCUUAUGAAGUAAGAUUGGCUUUAAUUUUAUUAUCUAGAAUUAUUAUAGUUAUAGAUUUUAAUAUGUUAAUAUUUAAUAAAUAUCAAGAUUUAAUUUGAUUUAUUUUUAUUAUAUACCCUUUAAGAUUAUGUUGAGUUUCAUCGAGAUUAGCUGAAACUAAUCGAACACCUUUUGAUUUUGCUGAGGGAGAAAGAGAAUUAGUUUCAGGGUUUAAUAUUGAAUAUAGAAGAGGGGGAUUUGCUUUAAUUUUUUUAGCUGAAUAUUCUAGAAUUUUAUUUAUAAGUAUAUUAAUUGUAUUAAUUUAUUUAGGAGGGUAUAGAAUAAGAUUAUUUUUUUAUUUGAAAUUAAGAUUAGUAUCAUUUUUAUUUAUUUGAGUUCGAGGAACAUUACCACGAUAUCGAUAUGAUAAGUUAAUAUAUUUAGCUUGAAAGGUUUAUUUACCUAUUUCUUUAAAUUUUUUAUUAUUAUAUAUAGGAAUUAAAAUUUUUUUAUAG